CUCCCAACGCAUUCUCUCCCUCUCCAAUCUCCGACGUGCGUGUGUGGGUUCUUGAUUCUUCUGAACGCAACUUUUCCAACAGGUGGAAGUAAAAAGUCGGAUGCUAAACUCAUCCCUUAUCGUCAAAAUGGACGACUUUUAUUGGACAGACCUUCGAUCACGUCACAUUAUCAAUGUAUAAAUUCAGCUCAGCGGGGCUUACCGUGAAGUCCCAUGAAGAUGAUUCACGCGAUCAGAUCGGUGAGAAACCACCCAAUUCAACGCUCGUUCUCAUCAUCAUCACCUGUCGCUGCUCCUGUCCUCAGCAAGAGAGCUUGCAGCAUCAGAUUCAAAGGGGACGCUUCUCUGUCCAGCCAGCAGGAGAGCGCGCACGUCAUGGACAAGGCUGAGAACCCAGAGACCGGGGAUGUGAUGUAUCACUCGUUCGGACACGAGUACGCGACCAGAUGCGAGGACGAAGGAUUUGGUGUGGUCCAUUCGACUAAGCAAUCCGAAACGGAUGACACCCAUGAGAGUCAACCCGGGACAUGCGGAAGUAAUCAUUUGGCGCGUCCAUUGCAGGUUCAGACGUAGAGAAGAAGAAAGAAACUCCAGCGAAGGAAGAAGAAGUGCAGCACCGAACCAACAAGUAGCUGACAAGCCACAUAGCGUCCUGCUUGGUCAAAUGGCUGUGCCAUGGUCUAUGAAUGUACUAAUUUUCCUUCCAAAGCUGAAACUACAAAGAGGCUUCUAAAGGGUCUCGGCUAGUCGCGGUUCACGCAGAGUAUUUGUUAUUGUCGGAUGUGUAUCCGCAUCGAUGUAAUACAGACCGACCUUGGUUUUCUGU